AUCACCUGCAAUUAAACCAUCUCAAACUAACUCUUCAUUAGUAGCCAAUACUCAAUCUGUAACUAACUUUAUAUUAGUAGCUAAUGCUCUGUCUGUAACUUACUUUCUGUUAGUAACCAAACUUCUUUCAGAAAUUAGACCUUCAUCAGUAACUAAGUCUUCAUCCAUGAUUAAUUCUUUAUCUGCAA